AUAAAACGAGGUUUCGUUUACAAAAUGAAAAGUAGCGAUAAGAGCGAACAGGCGCAGUGAGGCGAGGUGAACGUCAUCGAUCACAGAUCGAGCACAUACUAUUUCAGCACCGAGAUGUGCCCGUUCUAGAUUAAACCGGAUCGAAAAUGAUCGAGAGUCAUAACAGGGCUCACGAGAAACGAAUAUUCUGUAUCAGAAGAAGUAACGCGUUACUCUUAUUACUCACAGUUUUCUAUGUGUUGUAUUUAAUAAUCGGUGGAGCCAUUUUCAUGAAGAGCGAAGGGCCCGUCGAGAUCCAACUCAAACAAUCGUUGUUAACUUUGAGGAACGAAUUCGCCAGCAAACAUCCCUGCGUAACGGAGGAAGCUCUCGAACAUCUUAUAGUUUCGGUUGUUAACGCUAGAGAUCAAGGGAUAGUCGUCAUACAGAAUGUCAGUGACGUCAGAAAUAAAUGGGAUUUCGGCGAAUCGAUAUUUUUUGCUACUACUCUUAUUACUACAAUUGGUUAUGGCCAUGUUACGCCAUUAUCAAAUUUUGGUAAAGGAUUUACAAUUUUAUAUUCCGUUUUUGGAAUUCCAUUAACGCUCAUCUUACUGGCGGCAUUUGCGGAGCGACUGAUGCUACCGGUUCUAAUGCUGUUAAGAUUGAUGUUUGAUGCUCUACACUUAAUUAUGAGACCUUUCUUCAUCCAGUUCCUUCAUCUCAUUGUAAUUGGGACCCUAAUUGUGGCAUUCCUUUUCAUUCUUCCAUCUGUACUGUUUACUUAUCUAGAACCCAACUGGGAUUUUCUUGAUAGUUUCUACUUCUGUUACAUAUCCCUCACUACUAUUGGAUUGGGAGACUUGGUUCCCGGUGAAAGUCUAGGAUUAGAUUACAAUAAUCUAUACAAAGUUUUCACUUCAGUUUAUCUUUUGGUGGGUUUGACUUUUAUGGUAAUGUUCCUCAGUCUGGUAGCCGAGAUUCCGCAGCUUAAUCUAGGAUUAUUAUUCUUGAAGAAAGGUGAUGAGAUUACGGACGAUCCGGAACAAAUGAGACUACCUUUACAGUCUAGUGAUAAGUAUCAGAGGUAUCUUAUGCCGCAAACUACCGAUCAAAUAAAGGCGUCGGUGCUGAUAAAUCAGUACGAUUCUUACGGAGAUAAAAGUGUCAUACAGCAAUAAUGGGCUGUUGUGUAAAAACAGCUUUUUUCUUUGUUCUUUGAUGUGUAGGCAAUGUCACAAUGCACCCAAAUGCUGAAUUCAAAAUAAAAUAUUCUUGUACAUAAUGUGUUAAUGAUAUUUAAAUAAAUCUAAGCUGUUAAAAUUAAUAAAAAAUAUUAAAAGUUUAG